AGUUCUCCUCUUUGUUCAUGAAGAAAGAAAAUAGAGAAAUAUAGAAAACAAAUAAAAAAUCAUACAUUUCUCUCUUCUUCUCUUUGAAAAACAAAUCAAAACUCACCCUCUUCUCAAUUUCACUCCCUCACCCUUUACUCAUUAGUUUCACCUUGUUCAUCUUCUUCUGAGUGAUGGGUGUGAGCUGCUCUCGGUGCUCUCAUACUUCCCACAUCACAGAGAUCAUCAUCACCAGCUUCUUUCGCCAUAAAUCAUAGAAUAUUUCAUCUUUUUUAUUCGUGUUGGCUUACAACAUCAGCAUAAUAUACCAGCUCUAUUAGCAGAAUUUGUAUUUUUUUUCCUUAAAAAAAAGCAUGGCUAGUGCUGGUGGUGGCGGCGGUGGCGGUGGUUCAGAUUUUUCAGUUUUGCUUCAAAGUCAAAGAGUUCCUUGUGCUACUACUUCUCAACCUCUUGAUGCUUUUUUCCUCUCUGGGUCCUCUCCUUCUUUCUUAGGCUCAAGAUCUAUGAUGAAUUUCGAUGAUGUUCAUCGAGUAAACGGGUCAACUCAGCCUUUUUUCCGAUCCUUUGAUCAUGAUGAGAAUGGUGAUGAUGAUUUGGAUGAGUACUUUCAUCAACCUGAAAAGAAGAGGAGGCUUUCGCUUGUUCAAGUUCAGAAUCUUGAGAAGAGUUUCGAGGUUGAAAACAAGCUUGAACCCGAAAGGAAAGUCCAGCUCGCUAAGGAUCUCGGCCUGCAGCCUCGGCAGGUUGCCAUAUGGUUUCAAAAUCGCCGAGCUAGAUGGAAGACUAAACAACUGGAGAAGGAUUUUGAUGUGUUGCAAACUAGCUAUAACAAUCUUAAGGAUGACUAUGACGCCCUCCUCAAGGAGAAAGAUAAACUAAAAGAUGAGGUUAAUCUCCUCACAGAUAAGCUGCUUGCUAAAGAGAAGGAGAAAGAAAACUUGGAAGUAUCUGAUAAAGACGCGUUAUCUCAAGAACAAUGUAAAAAACCGAUUGGUGAUUCAUCUUCUGAGGAAGAAGUAUCCAAAAUUUCAUUUGUGGCCUGUAAACAGGAAGAUAUAAGCUCGGCCAGAAGCGAUAUAUUUGACUCGGACAGCCCACGUUACACUGACGGGGUUCACUCUUCAUUCCUAGAGGCUGGUGAUUCAUCGUAUAAUUUUGAGCCAGACCAAUCGGAUCUUUCACAAGACGAGGAAGAUAAUUUGAGCAAGAGCCUAUUGCCUACUUACAUCUUUCCGAAGCUGGAAGAUGCAGAUUAUUCGGAGCCGCCUGCGAGUUUUGAAGAUAAUGCCUUUUGGUGCUGGUCAUACUAAGUUAAAUCUUAGUAUAUGUGCAUCAAAUUUAUAUACUGUGUAUGUAUGUUUUGUUGUUUAAAAAGCUUUAUUUUAGGGGUUUAGUUGCAUAUAAGAAAUAAAUCCAGUUAAGAGCUCCCCUGCCUGAGACUUGAAGUGAUGUUGGGUUUAGAUUGUUGUUGGAAAUGGUGGUCUUUGCCUUAGAUUAUUUUGUUAGGGGCUUUAGAGUUGAAUGGAACUUUUUUUUUCAAUUAUGUGCACUUGUAAAUAAAUAAAAAUAUCUCCCAGUUUAAAUGUAA